GUAAACCUCCUGUCGUCUAAAAAGCGAAGCAGCUGGCACAGACUGCACAUGACGAUGCUGCUGCUGUUGAGGCUGGAGAUGAGUGGUAUUAAUAGGAGGGCUUGAGUGUCACUUGCUUUCACUGUCGAGAACGAGGGGUUUGGUGGAGACUCGGUAAACCGGGUUUGGGGGGGGGCUUCACGAUCCAGACUGCGCAGUUGGAAUAAAACAAAGAAGCAGGGACUCACUCUUAACAGACAGGCAACAUGGAAGUGUUGGCAGUUCUUAAUUUGGGCGAUUUUGCCCAAGUUUUCUCUAAAAUGGGAAUGUUUCCCGUGUUUGAUCUCGCAUAUUACAUCGUGUCCAUCCUCUACCUCAAGUAUGAGCCAGGUUCAGUGGAGGUUUCUCGCAGGAGUCCCGUGGCCUCCUGGCUCUGUGCCAUGCUCUACUGCUUUGGUAGUUACAUCCUGGCAGACAUCAUGCUUGGAAGCUCCCCCAUCGACUAUUUCCAACACAACAGCCACAUCCUGCUGGCCUCAGCUGUCUGGUACCUCCUCUUUUACUGCCCACUGAACCUCUUCUAUAAAUGUGUGGCUUUCCUGCCCAUCAAGCUGGUGUUGGUCGCCCUGAAGGAAGUCGUCCGCACUCGUAAGAUCGCUGCAGGUGUUCACCAUGCCCACCACGCCUACCACCAUGGCUUCUUCAUCAUGGUCCUCGUUGGAUACGUCAAAGGGUCUGGAGUGGCUCUCAUUUCCAAUUUUGAGCAGCUGCUGCGCGGUGUGUGGAGGCCCGACACCAAUGAGAUCCUCAACAUGUCAUUCCCGACCAAAGCCAGCCUGUACGGAGCCAUCCUCUUCACCCUGCAGGAGGCUCACUGGCUGCCAGUCUCCAAGAGCACCCUCAUCCUCGUCUUCACCCUUUUCAUGGCAACAUGCAAGGUGGUGAUGACCGCCCGACACUCUCAUGGCUCCCCCUUCACCCUCAUUGAGUCCUGGGUUUGCCAUCUGCUGUUCGGCUCCCCUCUGGGUGGAUCUGAGGAAGACCAUCAUCAUCCUCCUGCUUCUGUCCCGUCUUCACUUCUUAAAACCAAGGAGGAGCUGAGCGAAGGUACCCGCAAGAGGAAAGUCAAGAAAGCCGAGUAGGA